UUCUAAAUCCUAGUAACCUGGAAGGCGCAAAACGUCAUAAAAAAUCAAAAAAUCUACAGGUAUACGUCGUAAAAUCUUAAGCCCGAGCUUACCGCUCCUAGAGCACACCAGAAACAAUGGUCAAUUGUUUUAGUGAACAGUCUCCGGUGAAAAUUCCAAAUUUCAGCCACUUUCGAAAAUCAUUUCUUUACACCCCGUGCAACUGUCCGGUGGUUAAUUGCGAAUUCUCGGAUGUCCAGCAGCCGGAACGGAAACCGCGCAGCUACCGGACGACCAGGCGGAUUCGUCGACUAGCUAAACCCAAACAAUGUACCCGAAAAUUCCAUCCUAGACCCGUCACUCAGUAUGGGCGGACAAUCGAGCGUAUCCAAGCCUACAAAGAACCGUAUGCUUCGACCAGGCUUCAACAGCUUGCCCUACCAAAGGUUCGGAAGCUGAUCGCUGCCCGGGAUGAGUACCGCAAGUUCAUCAGGAAAUGUUGGUUCGACCGAUUCGGGAAGCGGAUCAAACGAAGCAUGUUCACGGUUUACAGUCGGUUGGCUAACGUACAGUUGCCGCCGGAGAGGCCAAAACCUGUUAAAAUGAGUCCGGAGCAGUGGAAAAAGCACCAACAGUGGCUAGCGAAAAAUGCCCUUGCAAAGGUAGCGAAAAAACCAAAAAUUAAAGCGCGAAAGAAGAUGACCAUAGACGACCUGUGGGUUCGAAUUGUUCUGCUAUCGGUGCCGCGAGCUCCACGCACCAAAUUUGCCGGUCCACCGAAACCGCAGUACGUUAAACCGGCCGCUCUUAAGGCCCCGACCAGUGACCAUGUGCGGAAUCUGUGCAUUCCUAAGGAAAGGCACCGUCGCGAGAAGGGUCGUAUCAAAGAGCCAACCGGCCUACCGGAGGAAGUGCUGAAAGCCGUCGCUUCCUCGAGAGUGGUCGAACUAGCUCAGCAUAAAGUGUACCGCAAUGUGCGGAACUUCUUCAAGGACAAUCCGUUUUCGGUGGAGCCACGUGCCCUGAAGGCUAAAGCAUCCGAUCGCAUCCUUGAGUUGGCUAAACCAAAGAAAAGAAAGUAGGACCAAAAAUAAAUUUUAAUCAACAGUUUAAUCUUACGCGAUCAAUAAGCCUGGACUAUCUUUCGGAGGAAUAAAUAUUGCAAAUUUUUAGUUGUCGAUUGGUUGAAAUGUAUUAUCAACAGACUGCUUUUGAUUGGCUAACUGAAUAAAUAUUUGGUUUUAGUUUAAA